GUGGUGACUUGUUCUGUCUAGUAGAGCAGCAUGUGGCCGCUGCUGCCAGCGACGGCUCUGCUACUUCUAGUUUCCUAUGGUGUUCAAGCUGGUCUCCCAAAGGCUGUGGUGAUCCUCGACCCUGCAUGGGUCAGGGUGCUCCAGGAAGACAGUGUGACCCUCAAGUGCCAAGGUGCCUACGCUCCUGGGGACAAUUCUACUAAAUGGUUCCAUAAUGGAAACCGCAUCUCAAACCAAGAUUCCAGCUACAUUAUUGAAGCCGCAAGAGUUAAAGACGGCGGGGAGUACAGGUGCCAGACGGGCGGCUCCGUCCUCAGCGACCCGACGCGCCUGGAAGUCCACACCGGCUGGCUAGUGCUCCAGACCUCUCAGUGGGUGUUCCAGGAGGGGGACCCUAUACGGAUGAGAUGCCACAGCUGGAGGAACAAUCCUUUACAUAAGGUCACAUAUCUGCAGAAUGGCAGAGGCAAGAGGUUUUUUCAUCAGAAUUCCGAGUUCUACAUUCCAGAAGCAACACAAAGUGACAGUGGUUCCUACUUCUGCCGAGGGCUUAUUGGCACUAAGAACAAGUCUUCAGAGAGUGUAAACAUCAUCAUUCAAGGUCCAGCAUCUCCAUCCACCUCACUGAUCUUUCUACCUUGGCAUCAAAUCACUUUCUGCUUGCUGAUGGGACUCUUGUUUGCAGUAGACACAGGCCUGUAUUUCUCUAUGCAGAGAAACCUUCGAAGCUCAAACCGGAGGAAACCUGAAUUUCAGUGGAGCCGCGACCCUCAGGACAAAUGAUUCCUUGUCCCACAGGGUAGUGAUACAGCAACUGUGGACCUCUCUCUGGACUUGCAACCUCAAACCGCAGGAAAAAUACAGCUCAGCCUAGGCUCAAGGAUUACCACCCACCCCCAACUCCCUGUUUUCUAUUGGGCUCCAGUGGAUGGUUUCCAAUAGAAAGGGAAGGCCUGGGACUGCCAAGGGUCAGCAACAGUGGAGCUCUCGUGAGUAGCUGCGCUCCCAGGGACUGGUGCCUCUGAGCUAUUGGCUUUCUCUGCGCCAGUCACUUCCUCUCAGCAAAGCAGCAGCAAGUGUUCUGGAUGGUGGCCCUGUAAGUGUAUAACAAUGACUCCUAAAUAAGUGGAUAAGUCAAAAUGUGAAUGAAUGACUGAGCAGGGCUCAUGGGACAGUGGCCUGCACUUGUCACUGCUGGGCUGAUUGCCUUCCAGGGACCCCUAAACUUCUUCCAGAGGGUGUGGGAACUGCUAGGGAUGUUGGCCAUGUAGCAGCACUGGUGAAGUGGGGGUGGCUGAGGAGAGUUUAGAACAGACCGGGGUAGGUGCUCUCAUCUGGGCCUGGAGCUCAAGCUGUCUUCCUAGACCAGAAGCUAUGGGUGAAUGAGUUCACAAGAAGUCACACAGGUGACAUGGGCUUGGGUUGUCCAGAGAAGUCUUGACCCAAAUUGCCACGCUCUGUGAGCAUACAAGGAUGCCUCUUAAGGUGUGAGUAGAAAGCAAGACUAGAGCCUGGGCCAGUUGUGGAGUCUGGAGGGUGGGCUUUGCAAAAAAGAACAACCCUGUGAACUCUGAGAUACCUCAGCCUACGGAGAAAGCACGUCAAGAGAGUCCACCGCCAAGUCACAGGAAGGAGUGGGUAGGGGGUGAAGAACGGCCACAGCGGUAAGAUUUGGAGCGAGGAGCUGAGCGGACUACAAUACAGAGGCGGCUAUUCUGCUGCGCCGUGUGACUCCGGCCUAGCUGUGUUCACAUCAUUCGUUAAACAAAUGUGAGGGAAUCAGCGCUCGGAGUUGCAAAUCCCUCUGCGUGUGUCGCUGCCGGGGGUGGGAUGGGGAAGGCAGCCUCUGCUUAUGGAAGAAAGCUUUGGUCCUUUCUACUUUAGAUAACAUUUGUUGCUUUCAAUAAAAGCAUUUUAUAAGA